CUUGAUCUGUCGAGUGGCAAUUGCAAUAGAAGCGAUAUUAAGUGUUUGGACGGUCUGUCGACUGGUGCCACUAGAAGCAAUGUUGUGGUCAUCGAUAUCUGUCGCAUCUGCCGAGAGUUGCUGAGCGAACUUCGCUACGAGAGUCCUUGUCCGGGUCCAGCUCGUAUAUCAACAUUUGUCAUCAAAUGAUUAGGUUUAGGUCCCUCAAGUAUUGCCGUUUUGCUUCUGUCGCAUUCCACAGGUGUAUCGUUGUAGAAGAUAGGCGAAGCGCACGACUGCGUAUGAUUCUUACUUGUCCACCAAACCCUCUCAUGAUUAUCCCACCACCUCUUGAUUAUCCCACCACCUCUUCCCCACUCUCACCCCGCGUCGUUCAGUUGCUGUUCGAAGCACCCGUCCAGUACUUAGAAGAGAUCACACAUUUUCAGACUUGUCAUCGCCCAUACAGUUUGAUACAGCUUUCAUCUGGCGACUCUCUUCUCUCUCGUACAUAACUUCGAGGAUAGAACCACUCGUUGAUGAUGAAGUGACUUUGAUUCUCCAUCCACAAAUAUGGUCAAGAAUAAAAUUUUUAGGUCAUAGAAAUCAAUGAAAAUGAAGUCAGCUUCGUCAGCUUGUGACUUGUUCACGGGAACGAGCAGCUCUAGCAGUGCCCCACUGAACAAUCGAGCUUUUGCGAGGCACGUCGCAAGGAAAAGCAGGGCGAGAAGGUCGAGCUUGGUGUUGCCCAAGGAAAAGGGAGCACUCAAAAAGAUGAAGGUUGUUCAUCACGGGGAACAAGACGGAGGCGCAGUGCCCGAUGCAUAUACAGGAGGAGCUGCUUUCGACUUGCGGCAUCAAGAAGACGAAACUCCUCAUGUAGUCAUACAGCACGAGGGAGAAGAUUGCUGCCUUGACGAAGAUAAACCCGCUAACGACCCCUCUUCAUUCUUCCUUUCCAGCAACUUCUACAACUACUUCGAGGGAGAGCACUGCGCCAGUCUGGGAAGCGAUGGCUUAGCCGUCAUAACCGAAGAGAACUCACUCGAAGCUGCUGAAGAAGAUGCUUAUGAUAACGAGGAUUUUGAACUAGAUUCCUUUCUCGGUGCGACGUCGGAGCAAGAAAACGAGCAGGACCAGCACGACAAGCAAUUGCCAGAUUCCGACCACGACAGUAAGCAACACCAAGACCAACUCGAACCGGGUUCUAGUUCUUCUACUCCCCACGACGCUCACGAAGCACCCACCAGCACAGCUGAGCAGCAACCGGGAGGAGGUUUUUGUUUCUAUCAAGACGAUGAAGACGGAGCAUCUAGAGCAGAAGGGGAGCAGGAUGAGCUAGAGACCGAGACUAUAAAUUCGAUUUCGGGCACAUCAGCCUCUUCCGGUUUCGGUCGCACAGCGGAACUGGUUUCCUGGGUACUCCUUUUGUUUUUCUAAAGUUGAGAGUAGUUCUGUAGGUCUACUUUGUAGCUGGUAUCACUGAUAGUGUAGUUGCCAGUGCCUCCUACUUUUCGGGAGUACUAUUUGUGAGCCGCGAUAGAAGAAGGGCUGUCGCGACAGUGCACAAGAUGCUUGAUGAGAUCUUGAUCUACUUUGUAUCUAGUCGUAUCAUUUGAUGCUGGACUACUUUCAUCUUAUAAAUAUUUUUGAAUCUUCCCCCAACUCCUACGACUACGUCUUUCUUGUUUCAGACUGCUGUCACAAGCGGCUUGGAGAUGCGAGUUAACACUGAUCCUUCCGAUGAUCCAGUCGAGGUGGAGGUCGACAAUGUUCAUGCACGAGAUGUUGUAGAGACAGGAGGGAAGGAACCGAAAGAAGUCGGUGACGGUAUCGGACGAGAUCAUACAGGAGCACUCUCGUCCCAACUGCAAGAAGCCGAGCAGCCUGGGGAUCCUACCCUUCUCGAAUCUCCAGCUGGAACAAGUGACGUCGAGACCGCGUCGCAGGCACACGAGCGAAAGCGGGCUCACUUCGAAGAUGAUGCCAUAGUACAACAUGAUGUAGAAGCAGAUGCUAUGCAACAGGAGGUUGAUGCUGCUGGAAGAGAGAAGCCGCAGUUGGCUGAGCAGGUAAUAUAAUUUGAUCAUCAGUUGUUAUUCGAAUUCGUAGAAAUAGUUGAGGUACACCACAAAGAUAGAAGAAGUACGACGUGAUGAAGUCAGGUGUAAUUUUGAUCCAGAAUAGAUCUUCUCGCUUUUUCGUCACUGAUGAAUAGUAUGUACCUAUUUAUUACAAUUUUAUGGGUCGAUAAGUACAAGUAGAGAACAAGCUUCUACUCUAUGACUCAUCUCACUUUACCUUUAAAAGCUUUACCUGUUCGUUCUGUCUCUUUCUUUAACCAUUCUGGCACUUACCUCACGCCUCAACAGUUAUUACAAUUUCAUGAAGUUGAAGAUCAUGAUGAUCAAUAUUAACUAUGAUGAAAAAUCAAAUCACCGUACAGGAGCCUGCUCUGGUUGCUGCCCCGAGUGAGCCAGUGCGCGACGAAAGCAGUCCCGAUUUGGUUGCUACUGAUCUUGACACCAACACAGCGUUUGUUGUGGAAGGCGAUACCAAAAUCACGUCUCCGAAUCUAGACGCUUCUGGUGCUGCUGCCGAGGAUAUACGACUAGGUCAACAGCCAGAAGGCGAGCAAGAUCAGCAAGUAGAGGUAGUUACGCGUGAAAUUGUAGAGAAUACUUCUACAGCUGUGGCCGUAGCUGUAGUACCGUCAACGCCAGAGCGACCGGCCGGAAGCAAGCUAGUUGCAGGUGGAGGUCCUGAUCAUGCUGAAAGAACGCCAUCUCCUUCGUCAUCCAGAGUCCACAAAGUAGUACCUCCACCAGAGUCAGUUACUGUCACGAACGAAGCCAUUGUCCAGUUAGGUGGCGUGUUCGGUACCGAUUUCCGUGGCGAGUCGGAGUCGGAAAUCGAACCUGUCGGACACAAGGAGAUCGCUUCGAAGCAUAAGAAUGUGAAAAGCAAGAUAACAGUACUGUCGCCCGAAAUCUAUAAGAAGAAAGAAGCCAAGGCCAUGGGCGUACUGCGAAAGCACACUGUGGAAGCGACGGUGAACUUUUUUCAUGAGCUGUAUGAGGCUGUGGGAGACGGUGCGGCCGGUUUGUCGAAACACAAACAUGGAGAUCCGAGGCCGAAAACGUAUGACGAAAAGAUGGUAGAAAAGCGGGUCCUGCAGUACCAGAUGGCGAAAAGGUACAACUACUACCUUUUUUCGGUUCGACGUUUUGAAAUUGAAUUGCUUAUGUUUCUGAUGUAAGUGGGAGUGGGAGGAACAGGACCUCCCACUGUCUUCACUUUCACACGUAUGUCUCCGGAUUUAUUUUCUUGUCCGCCUUUUUUUUCAGAUUCAUACUUACACACUUCUACAUUGUCAUUCGUGGUCAUUGUCAGUUCAUCUACUUCCCAUACAUCCUUCAACAUUUUUUUCCACGACCUUCCUCAUCCUCACGAAAAUUGUCCACCAGGCGUCUUGAGCGUCGGUCCCGCAUGGAACGCAGCACGAGUUUGGUUCCUCCGGGGGUCGAUCCGGCAGCAUGGGGUGCUUACCUUCAGCGCAAGGAGGAGAGCGCGCUAAAGGAGAAGAAUCGACGAGAGGAGUUGUACGACUUCGAUAAUGCCAACGCAUAUCGAGAGGUAUUGCGCGCUCGCAUUACGCAGGAAGCAGCUCGUUCCCGUGACCACAGGACGAAGGCCUACACAGCGCUUCCAUCUAGUGAGUUACGAGAACUAGAGAAGUUCGAAACGAGCAACCGGAGUCGGAGUUUGGGACAGGUACAACUGAUCUACCUUAACCUUUUGAUGUUAAGUACACAACUCUUUGCAGCCAGAUGUCGUUAUCAAUAAUUAGACCACUCCUGCUGCGUCGUCCUAGACGACAAUCAGACUGAGGACAAUAACUUCGACCAGCAUGAUCAUCAAGAGCAAGGGCAUCCACAUUGCCAGUUUUAUAAAUAUUAGAUGGUCGUGUUGACAAUGAAACUUUAUUGACUUGCUCAGUAGUGCUCAUCAAUCUACUUAUAACUACAGGUGCUCGACGUUCAGCGUCGAAGUCCACGCGGAGGAAGUCGUAGCCCUUCGCCACAGCGUGACGGCCUCCCUUCUGGUGGUAAAAGGGCGUUGCCAGGUUUAUCGACCGUUGACGAACUCGCAACACCCUCCCCAGGUGCGAUUCUUCCCCCAUUAUCGGCUUCUCCGGAGCCUCGUCGACGUGGUGCUAGGAACAUGUUACAGCAGCAAGAAAAAACCCCGUCCUCGGGUCUACCUACUCCUAUGGUGCCAGGUCCUAGCUACCACACGGAAUUGCCGAAGAUUUAUGAGUCUGCAGAGGUGAAAUUAGAGCGUAUGUCCAUGCAGCUGGACAAGCGACUCCAGCGGUGUCUGCUUCGAGCGGAAAAGCCGCGACGGUUGAAGCCUCUGACGAUAGAUCGCUUGAGCGAAACGAGACUGACAGAUACGAAAGACAUGAUCGCGUCGCACAUUGCGCAGGUGGAAAAAGCAGCAGCCCGGCCAGCGCGUAGCCACGCAUCACCGAUGAUGCAAGGAAACUUCUCCGCUAAUCAUCCAAUCUACAACCCAGCCAAUUACAAAAACCUCUAAGGCCGUGCUGGGUGUAGUACGCGACCUCCUUUUCUUGUACAACCCUUAAAUUGAUAUAUUGUGCAUAAAAACGCUAACAUCAAAGACGACAACCUAACACGGGUGAAGAUGAACACAUUCUUACUAGGUCAAGCCACGACGACAUCAUCAUCAAUGAACUAUUGCUACUUGCCACGAACAAGAGAAACAAAUUAGACACAUCAAUCACAAUCGCAAUCAAUCUUUAACUGCAGUGGUAGAUUGUUCAUUUCCAGUACAAUAGAGUAUGUUGUUUGUUCAUAACUUCAUCCUGGCCUGAAUCCCAGCGCCAAUAUGGUCAAUAUGCUAUUUCCAUACAUCCAAUUUUCUAGUACUGCUCCUAGUCGGUCCCGACCCGAUAAUUAAUGUCAUCAUGGAGUAGUCGUAUUUCUAUUUGUAAGAACCACCUCUGUAGUCUGUGACUCCUGUGUUGUACUUCCAGAGGAAACCGAAAGCGGAAUCCUCGAAUAUCAUCUAAAAAGUUGCAAGUGAAGUAGAUUACUGACACGAUAUUGAAACGAAACGAAAUGGAAAUAUAGCUAAAGCAACGAAAAGAAGAUCAACUUCAACAUUUUGAAGGCGAUUUCGAGGACAACAACAGUUCUACAACAUUAUAACGUGUUUCAGAUUCAGUUUGUCAGUCAUCACAGCAGAAGCUUGAUACUCUCCACUUCCUUGCUCAGUUUUUCUUGCUGAGGUCGGUCGAUGUCUGCGCAAGAUUUUUGAUCAUCCCCUAUGUAUUGUGAAUGCUCACAAGGAUCGAGAAAAAUGACUUCAUGUUUUCGCUUGAUCUCUUUCUCAU